UUGGCCGCCAAGGAGGCGAAGCUGCACGACCUGGAGGCCAUGCUGGCCAGGGAGCGCGAGACCAACCGGCACCUGCUCUCCGAGAAGGAGAGGGAGAUGGCCGAGAUGAGGGCGCGCAUGCAGCAGCAGCUGGACGAGUACCAGGAGCUGCUGGACAUCAAGCUGGCUCUGGACAUGGAGAUCAACGCCUACCGCAAGCUGCUGGAGGGCGAGGAGGAGCGUCUGAGGCUGUCCCCCAGCCCUUCCUCCCACAAAGGUACGUCCCGUAGCCACUUGUCCACCGCGGGCUCCUCCAAGAAGAGGAAGCUGGAGGACAGCGAGAGCCGGACCAGCUUCUCCCACCACGCCCGGACCAGCGGCCGCGUGGGCGUGGAGGAGGUGGACCUGGAGGGCAGGUUCGUCCGUCUCAGGAACAAGUCCAACGAGGACCAGGCCAUGGGGAACUGGCAGAUCAAGCGGCAGAAUGGAGACGACCUCCCCCCGAAGUUCACCCUGAAGGCCGGGCAGGUGGUCACGAUCUGGGCCUCGGGGGCUGGGGCGACCCACAGCCCCCCCAGCAACGUGGUGUGGAAGGCACAGAGCAGCUGGGGCUGUGGGGACAGCCUGCGUACAGCCCUCAUCAACUCCAACGGGGAGGAGGUGGCCAUGAGGAAGCUGGUCCGCACGGUGAUCAUCAACGAUGAGGAUGAGGACGAGGAUGAGGAUGAAGUCAACAUGCAUCACCGCCAUGCCCACGGCAGCUGCGGGGGCUCUGGGGACCCCGGGGAGUACAACCUGCGCUCCCGCACCGUGGUGUGUGGCACGUGUGGGCAGCCGGCCGACAAGUCGGGAGCGCAGAGCUCCGGGAUCAACACGGUGUCCUCGGGCUCCUCCACCUCCAGCGUCACCGUCACCCGCAGCUACCGCAGCAUCGGCGACUCCGGCAUCGGCCUCGGGGACAGCCUGGUCACCAGGAACUACCUCCUGGGCAGCUCCGGCCCACGCAGGCAG